AGAAAGUCAAAGAAAUGGUGGCAUCGCAUUUUUUGGUAUUUACUCGAUGUUUCUGUCCUAAACGCAUAUAUAAUCUUCAAGAUAAGGUCAAGUGAAGACAAUAUGGGUAAAACCAUGAAAUUAAAAGAUUUUAAAAUUGCCGUUAUUUUGGGACUUAUUGGGGCCGAAGAAAACACUCCCAAGACGAAGUGGACUUCUGGUUUGACUUCGUUCAAAGUUAUCGUUCCACAAGAAAUCAGGUAUGACUCUUGUACCCAUAUGCCUGUUCAUGGUACAUCCAGAAGGUGUGCACUGUGUAGUACAACAGCAGUACCCCAUAAAACAAGGUGGAUGUGCUCUCGAUGCAAUGUCGGACUAUGUUUAACCGAAAAAAAAAAUUGUUUCCUAGACAGCCAUAGAAAAUGAAAUUUCAUCUGCUGAAGCGCUUAUUUUAGAGUUUUUUUGUUCAGUUUUUAUUAUUCUACAGAGUUUAUUGUUACCUUUUCUGCCUACUGGUUUCACUG